ACCACUUCAAUCUCUCUCUUUCUCAUUUUAUUUAUACACACGUAUAUCAGCAGCCAGUUUUCUAAAAGAAAAUGGCAAAAGACAUUGAAGUAGCAAGCCAUGAAUACGGUGCAAAAGACUACCAAGACCCCCCACCAGCUGACCUCAUUGACCCAGAGGAGCUCACCAAAUGGUCCUUUUACCGAGCCAUCAUUGCUGAGUUCGUCGCCACCCUCUUGUUCCUUUACAUCACCGUCUUGACUGUCAUCGGCUACAAGUCCCAAACCGACCCCGACCAUAGCACUGACCAGUGCGGUGGCGUCGGCAUUCUCGGUAUAGCUUGGGCUUUCGGUGGCAUGAUAUUUGUCCUCGUUUACUGCACUGCUGGUAUCUCUGGUGGACACAUUAACCCUGCGGUCACAUUCGGGCUGUUUUUGGCAAGGAAGGUGACCCUCCCAAGGGCGGUUAUGUAUAUGGUGGCUCAAUGCUUGGGUGCGGUCUGUGGUUGUGGUCUGGUGAAAGCUUUCCAAAAGUCUUACUACACCAAUUAUGGCGGUGGUGCCAAUGAGCUUGCAGAUGGGUACAACAAAGGCACCGGUUUGGGUGCGGAAAUCAUUGGCACAUUCUUUCUAGUCUACACCGUCUUCUCUGCCACUGACCCAAAGAGAAACGCACGUGACUCUCAUGUCCCCGUUUUGGCACCUCUUCCUAUCGGAUUUGCCGUAUUCAUGGUUCACUUGGCCACCAUCCCAAUCACCGGCACUGGAAUCAACCCUGCCCGUAGUUUUGGGGCCGCAGUCAUUUACGGAAAAGAAAAGGCUUGGGAUGAUCAAUGGAUAUUCUGGGUAGGACCGAUGAUUGGAGCGGCUAUAGCGGCUAUCUACCACCAGUACGUGCUUCGGGCAGGCGCAGUUAAAGCUCUUGGAUCCUUCAGGAGCAACGCUUAAGCUCUAAGUACUUUCAAUGUCUUCCGGAAGCAUUAAUUGUACAAAUUUGUGUCUCGUUUUUGUGUGACCUUUGGGGCACUUGGUUUUUGUAUGUGCUCCAGGGUUUUUUUUAUUUAUUUAUUUCAGGUUCCGUUAUCAUUGUGUCAGUUUUAAUUCAGUUGCUCUUGUUUGCUGUAACAUUGAAUAAAUCAUAAUAAUCUCUUUUAAUA